CCCAAACUCUAAACUUCCUCUUCUUUUUUUCGUUUUCGACACAUCGGCUUAAAUGGUUUGGUGGGUUGUCGUCUUGCCGCUGAUCCUCUGGGUCGGCGGCAUCAUACGCCAGCUGCUUCCCAGACGUCGCACUGAGCCGCCGACGGUGUUCCACUGGUUUCCCUUCCUCGGAAGCGCGGUAUCGUAUGGCCAAGAUCCCCAGAGCUUCUUCCUGCGGUGCCGAGAAAAGUACGGCGACAUUUUCACGUUUGUGCUUCUCGGGAAACAAAUCACAUGCUACUUUGGCCUGGAGGGAAACGACUUCAUAUUCAACGGCAAGCAGCACGACCUCAACGCCGAGGAGAUCUAUGGGCCCCUGACGACCCCCGUGUUCGGCUCCGACGUCAUAUACGACUGCCCCAACGCGAAGCUGAUGGAGCAGAAGAAGUUUGUCAAGUUUGGGCUCACGCAGCAGGCCCUCGAGUGCCACGUCCCGCUCAUCGAACGAGAGGUGCUCGACUACAUCAAGGGGGCCGCCGCCUUCAAGGGCCAGAAUGGGACCAUGCACGUCGGCACGACCAUGUCCGAAAUUACAAUCUUCACCGCGGGGAGGGCGCUGCAAGGGGACGAGGUGCGGGCCAAGCUGACGGCUGAGUUUGCGUCUUUGUAUCACGACCUGGACAUGGGCUUCCAGCCCAUCAACUUCUUGAUGCCGUGGGCGCCGCUGCCGCAUAACCGCAAGAGAGACGAGGCGCAUGCAAAGAUGCGAGACGUCUACAUGGACAUCAUCGCCAGGCGCCGGCAGAGCGGAGCGGUCCGGGGCUCCGACAUGAUCUCGAACCUGAUGAAGUGCAAAUACAAGGAUGGCCGGGCAGUGCCGGACAAGGAGAUUGCUCACCUGAUGAUCACGCUGCUCAUGGCAGGACAGCACACGUCUGCCUCGGCCAGCUCGUGGAUCAUGCUGCACCUUGCAUCCCGGCCGGACGUGGGCGAGCGGCUGUACCGUGAGCAAGUCGACAACCUGGGCGCGACGGGGACACGGGGACGGCUGGAGCCGCUGAAGUACUCUGACCUCGCGCGGCUCCCGCUCCUAAGCAACGUCAUAAAGGAGACGCUACGGGUGCACUCGGCCAUUCACUCCGUCAUGCGCAAAGUCAAGCGGCCCAUGGCGGUGCCCGACACGCCGUACGUGGUCACGCCGGGCAAGGUGCUCCUGGCAUCGCCGUCGGUCACGGCCAUGAGCGAGCAACACUUUCAAAACGCCAGCGAAUGGGAUCCGGACCGCUGGGACUCAUCGGCGGUGUCUGGAGCCGUGGGCGGCGACAACAACGGGCACGACGACGACGAGUCCAUUUCCCGGGGCACGCGCAGCCCAUAUCUCCCGUUUGGGGUUGGGCGGCAUCGUUGCGUGGGCGAGAAGUUUGCCUACCUCAACCUGGGGGUCAUUGUGGCGACGCUCGUGCGCAGCUUCCGCUUCUAUACGGUGGACGGAAAGGCGACGGUGCCGGAGACGGAUUACUCGUCGCUGCUGUCGAGGCCCAAGGAGCCGGCGGUGGUGCGGUGGGAGCGGCGGUACGAGUCCGGGCUGGAGGUGUGAACGGGAUCCAUCAUCUAACAAAAGACGGACAGCCAUGAGAGGGGGGUAGUAACUUGGACGAUGAUCUGCCGUGCAUGCACGCUGCAGGUAUUUUGUACUUUGGCCUCGUUGAGGGAGGGGAGAGCGUGGAAAGUCUCCAUAGAUGACAGACAAUAAUCGUGUACAAUGAAUGCAUGGUGC